AGUAGGGUAACACAGUGGGACACAGGAAGACUGUGAACCAUCCGUGGCGCACCCCUUAGGCCAUGUGCAGGGCAGGUGACUGUCGGGACGACAGAGGAGUCACCCAGCUGGCAGUCACCACAGGCGUCAUUCACCCCAGUGAUUUUGUUCAGACCAGCAAUGUGCCCACCCCUAGGGAUGAGGCACUUUGGUUCUAAACCAGUCCAAUGGAUCUGUUCCCUUUCCAGACUGCCUCAUGGCCAGGGGUGGCCUGAGACUCAGGCUUAGCUGAUGACACCUGCUUUCCUGACAAAAAGUACAGGCAUAGCUGGCAUAGUGUCUUGAAUGUGGAUUUGAUGGCUGGACCUGCUGCAGCCAUCCUGCAACCACAAGGCCAGGGCUUUGGCCCCAACUUCCUGGAGCAACUGAACGGACCAGGUUUCCACCAUCUCCCCAUUUCUUGUGAGGAGCGGAAUGCUGCGGAGGCGCACCCAGGAGGAGGACAGUGCCGCCCUGAUCGACAUGGCCCCCAGGGCAGGGAAGGGCGACUCCUACGGGAGCACAGCCAACACCCUAGAGCCGGGUGGACACCAGGCAGCCGCCUGCAGGGUGGGGAGCCCUGCCAAGCCCCGGAUUGCAGACUUCGUCCUUGUUUGGGAGGAAGACCUGAAGCCAGGUCAGCAGCAGGACACCACCACCCGGGACAAGACAGACAUGCACGGGGACUGGAGGGAGACCUUUCUAGACAACCUUCGUGCAGCUGGGCUGUGUGUGGACCAGACACAGGCUCUGCCUUCUGGUGGCCUCUCCCACCCUGAGUUCCUUGGGAGUGACAACCAGGACACCUUCUUCUCCAACACCCAGAGGCACCAGAUUCUGUUUGAGAUCCUUGCCAAGACCCCAUAUGGCCACGAGAAGAAAGGCCUGUUUGGGAUUGACCAGUUGCUGUCAGAGGGUGUCUUCAGCGCGGCCUUCCCUCUACAUGAUGGCCCCUUCAUGACACCCCCGGAGGGCCUGCAGGCUCCGGGCCUCAACCAGCGUCAGGUCCUGUCCCAGCACUGGGCCCGCUGGCGCAAGUGGAACAAGUACCAGCCUCUGGACCACGUGCGCAGGUACUUCGGGGAGAAGGUGGCCCUGUACUUCGCCUGGCUCGGGUUCUACACAGGCUGGCUCCUGCCAGCAGCAGCGGUGGGCACGCUGGUGUUCCUGGUGGGCUGUUCCAUGCUGUUCUCAGACACACCCACGCAGGAGCUGUGCAGCAGCGCAGACAGCUUUGAGAUGUGCCCGCUCUGCCCGGACUGCCCCUUCUGGCUGCUCUCCAGCAUCUGCGCCCUGGUCCAGGCUGGCCGGCUCUUUGACCACGGCGGCACCGUCUUCUUCAGCCUCUUCAUGGCGCUGUGGGCCGUGCUGUUCCUGGAGUACUGGAAGCGGAAGAGCGCCACACUGGCCUACCGCUGGGGCUGCUCCGACUAUGAGGACAUUGAGGAGAGGCCGCGGCCCCAGUUUGCCGCCUCGGCCCCCACGAUGGCCCUGAACCCCAUCACUGGCGAGGACGAGCCCUACUUCCCCGAGAGGAGCCGCCUGCACCGCGUGCUGGCUGGCUCCGUGGUGGUCGUGAUGAUGGUGGCCGUGGUGGUCAUGUUCCUUGUGUCCAUCAUCCUGUACCGGGCCAUCAUGGCCAUCCUGGUGUCCAAGUCGGACAACACUGUCCUCGCAGCCUGGGCGUCACGCAUCGCCAGCCUCACAGGGUCCGUGGUGAACCUCAUCUUCAUCCUCAUCCUCUCCAAGAUCUACUUGGCCCUGGCCCACGUCCUGACGAGGUGGGAAAUGCACCGGACCCAGACCAAGUUCGAGGAUGCCUUCACCCUCAAGGUGUUCAUCUUCCAGUUCGUCAACUUCUACUCCUCGCCUAUCUACAUCGCCUUCUUCAAGGGCAGGUUUGUGGGGUACCCCGGCAACUACCACACCCUGUUCGGGAUCCGCAACGAGGAGUGUGCGGCCGGGGGCUGCCUCAUUGAGCUGGCACAGGAGCUGCUGGUCAUCAUGGUCGGCAAGCAGAUCAUCAACAACGUGCAAGAGAUUCUCGUCCCGAAGCUCAAGGGCUGGUGGCAGAAGGUCCGGCUGCGCUCCAGGAAGAGGCAGGCAGGCGCUGCCGUGGCAGCUGGCCGGGCGCCCUGGGAGGCGGACUACGAGCUUCUGCCCUGCGAGGGCCUGUUUGACGAGUACCUUGAAAUGGUGCUGCAGUUCGGCUUCGUCACCAUCUUCGUGGCCGCCUGCCCGCUCGCGCCGCUCUUCGCGCUGCUCAACAACUGGGUGGAGAUCCGCCUGGACGCGCGCAAGUUCGUGAGCGAGUCCCGGCGCCCGGUGGCCGAGCGCGCGCAGGACAUCGGCAUCUGGUUCCACAUCCUGGCGGGCCUCAAGCACCUGGCGGUCAUCAGCAACGCCUUCCUGCUGGCCUUCUCCUCCGACUUCCUGCCGCGCGCCUACUACCAGUGGAGCCGCGCCCGCGACCUGCGCGGCUUCGUCAACUUCACGCUGGCGCGCGCCCCGCCCGCCUUCGCCGCGGCGCACAACCGCACGUGCAGGUAUCAGGCUUUCAGGGACGACGAUGGACAGUAUUCCCGGACCUACUGGAACCUUCUGGCCAUCCGCCUGGCCUUUGUCAUUGUGUUUGAGCACGUGGUGUUCUCCAUUGGCCGGGUCCUCGACCUCCUGGUACCUGACAUCCCCGAGUCCGUGGAGAUCAAGGUGAAGCGCGAAUACUACCUGGCCAAGCAGGCGCUGGCCGAGAAUGAGGCUCUCUUUGGAGCAGGUGGAGCGAAGGACAACCAGCCCCUGGCUCAAGAGAUGCGACUGGGCCCACAAGCCUAGCCUGCUAGGAGAUGGCCGGGCCUCCCCAGUCCCUUCCCUCUGAGAUCACAGGGGUCACCCUGAGAGUCAGCGGCUCAGGGACCUGGAGCCAGACCCACCUGGAGGGCAGAGGCCCUGCUGCCUCAGAAGAGAUGCCAGGCUGUCAAAGGCUCACUGUGCUCAGAGGCCACAAGCGGUCUCCUGUCCCUCCUUGGCCCAGAGCUGCUGUGCCCUUGGCUGCCUCGGGCCUCUGCUCACGCGCCCUGCCUCCCAGGUCCUGGUCGUGGUCCCCAUCAGCCACCCCUUGGAGUCCCCAAGGCCAGCUGACUACAGCAGCAGCAUCUGGAGGGCCAGGGCAUGCUGUGCCAGGGGAACCCAGUGGCUUGUCGGGGAGCUGUCCCUGCCAUCCCCCUCCCAGCCCCAGGAGCCGGUAUCCUCUCCUCACGCUCACCCGAGACAGAAAGGCUCCACAUCUGAGGUGCUGGCUGCCCCCACCCUCAGGCACAUGCCGCUUCCCUCCCAGCUCGUCGCCUCUCUCCUCUCAGAGCACCGGUCCUUCUAGGCCUGCUCCCUUCACUGCUUCCCAUCCCCAGGGCCCCUCACUCACCCCCAGACCCUGGUCUUCCACUAGCCCAGGAGGUGGCCUCCACCCCGUUCACACUUCCCUCUCGCCCCUCAGCCCUCGGAUGUGGCUCAUCUGCCAAUCAAGCCAGUUGGCUCUGAGGUCCUUUCUGUUCUCCCUGGUGCUCCUUGUGCCUCUUGCCCUUUGAAUGGUGGAGUGUCCCCUCUCUCCAGGCCCACCUCACCUCUUCCCACACUGUCCACUUGGGGUGCUGCCUGCCCCCCAGCACGACCCACCUGUCAGCCCCUGCACUCUGUGUUCAGGUCAGAGCUGAGUCAGCUCACCACGCCACCCAGCCCCCUCCAUUCCCCAUUAUCCGCCAAGGCCUCUCAAUUGGGCUUCUUUUUUGAACCUGGUGCGCCAUUUUCUCUAAGCUGCUCCCUCCUUGCUCCCCGCUGGGCUGUGCCCCAGAGGAGUGGCUUCUCCCCCACCUCCGGCAGGCCCCUAGGCUGGGGCCAGAUGGGGAGGAGUUGGAAGGAGAUUGAAUUUUAUUCCCUAACCAGAGAAAUACUUGAGGACAUUCCUGCAACCCUCAGUGGAUCUCCUUCCACACGUUUUUCUGUGUGUUUAUACAUAAUCGUUUUCAAAAUUGGGGGCAUAAUGGUACGUGCAGUUUGACCUCAUCCCCCACUGGCUCCAGCAGCCUCUUUCCACGUUUCCCUUCCGUGAACUCGGUGGACUGCUGGGCCUAACCCUGUCACGGGCACUUCCCAACUUAGCCAUCCCUUAUGCCGGGCACGCAGGCUUCUCUUCCGCGGCGCUAUCAAUCAAUUACACUGGAAUAAACAUCCGGAAACACUGUCCUCACUUUUGACUUCCUGAGGGUACACUCCCAGAAGCAGACUGCAGCAUCAAAAAGGAUACGCAGUUUUUAAAACGCUUUGACGCAGAGCCCGGAAGUGCCAACAGACACCCUUCUCAACAGCGUCCUUGCCAAGGCGGUGUCAUCACUUACACGGCGCCGCUCGGGCCUCCGGCAGCACUGCGCACGCUUUGGGCAGUCUGUUGACAAGGGGUGAGGCUGCGUGCAGAAGUGGUUGUGAGGCCACUGGCAUUUGGAUUUGUCACUCAUUCACUUGCCUUUUAGAGAGUGAGCUGGCCCAGAUCACAAAAGCCACAAGUAUUUUUUUCCAGCUAGUUGCUUUAUUGUUGCUGCUGACUCAACUUUAUAAUUUUUUUUAAAGAUUUUAUUUUUUUCCUUUUUCUCCCCAAGGCCCCCCAGUGCAUAGUUGUAUAUUCUCCGUUGUGGGUCCUUCUAG